GAAAUUGGCUUCCAUACAUGCUUGACCUUGAAAUAAUCACACAAAACAUAACAUCAGAACCCCAAAGACAACAAACCCAAACACCAAACCACGCAUCAGCCUCAGAUAACCGCUGACUGGAUGUCUGGCUGUGCUAAAGCACUAAAAUUAGGGUAGGAGAAGGUCCAAAAACCAGCUGUAGAGUUCGCAUUCCUGACUUCUGCCAUAGGUCUCUUGAACAAAAGUUUGACCUCUGUUGGCUCUGUCUAUAAAGAGGGGUGUUUGGUGUUGACAAGGCCAGUAUAACACGAAGGACACAGGGUUGAGGAUCAGCAGCUGUCUCAACAUUCAGGAUGUGCUAAACAAAAAAACACUGACACUUUUUCUGCCAGGAAAGUCAACAGUGAGCAGAAUGAAAAGUGACAGUCAUCAGGAAAAAUAUGACAAACAUCUAAACUGGACUGGAGGACAUUAUUUUGGCAAAGCACAGACCCAGAUUUCAGUGAAGAAUCCUAUGAUGAUUUAGAAAAUGUCUUCUUUCACCACAGAGGGGAAAUCCCGUAAAGAGAGGAGGGACGGUGAAGGGUUAAUUUGUGGCCGUGGAAACCUGAUGCUAAUUAAGUCGUAGGAAUGCCACAUACUGACAUUGUAGUGCAGAAGCCCACAGAGUGGGUCAGGCAUGGAGGGAGGCAGCAGUAAUGCGUGUGUGUAAUGUUUUUAUUCCUUACUGACAGUCGGGAAAGCCAGUUUCACCGUACCUGAAGCAGAAGGGAGGGAAAAUAUAACUGACGCAAAAUGGUUUUAAUAACACCAGUGCUGUUGCUGCUGUUCUCUUGGGUAUCACUGCACAGCACCGCGCAUGCUGUUGCAGAAAAUUGCCGGGGGACGCACUGCUACGGCGCGGAAACAGGCGAUCCAAGACCGUGCACCGGUGCGCACUGUCCUGGGGGAAGAUCCUCCAGACCACCGCGGCAAUUUAACCCGACAACACAGGGGAGAGCGGCGCAGAUAGUUGGCAGCCACUAUCAUGCAUACCCGAGCUCUCCAAGAGCUGCGUCGGAAGCCCAUCCGGUGGUCCAACCGCUUCGCGGGCGGCACAGCGACAGCGGCACACGGAUGAGAGCGCCUGAAGUUUUAGCUGAAGGAUGCACCGAUGCGGGCUGCGCUGCUCUUGUGAAACAAUUGCAGCCCACCAACGACACCCGAGACUGUAAAGGAAUCGAGUGCAGACUGCCAUUGAGGAUACGGCCAAAACCUCGAGCAAAGUCUUGUGUGGGAGAGGGAUGUCUGGCCGAUUCAGAGGAGAGCGCGUCUUCCACCUCCAGCCAGCUUCCUCCCGUCCAUCUGUUCGACAGAGCCGCGCAAUUUCUGGGAGAUUUUCCGGAGUUUGGAUAUCCGUCGUCGGAACUUGGCGGCGCGCCUUUGGGUGUCCAGCUCACAUGUGACAUAAAGCCAGGUGAGAAUGAAGUACCAUCAGAGGAUGCCCUCAUCCUGCACCUGCAGCUGGCCAAGGGGCAGGAGAAGCUGGUGGAGGCCCUGCGAGCGCAGCAGAUGGUCAUCCGAGACCUGCAGCAGAAGCUCGCCGACCAACAGGAGGCGCUUCUGUCUCAGCAGCGAGAGAUCCUGGAUCAGCAGAAGCGCAUGUAUGAGCAGAUGGACGUGGUGAAGGCCCAGUACGGUCUCCUCUCAGAUACCGUCAAACAGGUUUCCUUCCAGGGCCUGCAGGGUGAGCUGCAGAGUUACUUCGAGAGCCACCUGGCGGGUCUUCAGAGCCAGGCCCGCAGCCACUUACAGAAGUCAUACGCCGUUCACAAAAUGGACAUGGACUCUAAGGUGAUGGAUGUAGUCGGGGAGGCUAAUUUUCCUCAACCUCUGCUGGGAUGCCCUUCAACCUGUGGACCAGAGGAGUUCUGUGAUUUUCAGAGGGACCCACCUCAGUGUGAGAAGUGCACAAUGUGUCCACCAGGCUUCUUCCUCAUCUCACAGUGCUCUUCUACAGCAGACAGGAUGUGCCAGGACAGAGAUGAAUGUCUUGAAUUACCAAACAUUUGUGGAGAGCGAGUGAAGUGCCUCAACACUCCAGGAGGGUUCAGGUGUUUGGGAGUUUCUGAGAGAGAAGCAGUGAUGGGCCUGUGUGGUCAUGACUACUUCUAUAACCAGGAGCUGCAGGAGUGCCAAGCCUGUUCAGACUGUGAUGGAGAGCCUGUCACUGUUCCCUGCACAGCCAUCAGCGACUCCGUCUGUGGCCAGCUGUCAGAGAGCCGACUCUCGCAGUCUUGGGGCUCCAAUGUGGCAGUUCCCCCUGCCAGGACCUCCGGUGCCAACAUCUUCCACGGGCUUCAGUUAAACAUCCGAGGCAAGGAGAGCAGCGAACUGCUGUCCAACAAGGGGGGGCAAGUGACCUUCCUGCAGCAUGGCCUGGUGUGGUUGGAUCAUAACUUUGCGAUAAAGCACAGCUGCAGGAACUUCCUCCAAGUGGGCAUGAGGCUCAACGAGAGCCAGGAGGAGGAGGGUCUGGACCUCAGUGGCGUUCGCAUUGAACAACCAGAUGGAAAGUACUUCCAGGGUGUCAGUGUCAGCAGUGGGGUCGAGGUAGAACCUAAUCACACCUUAACACUGCUGCUGAAGAGUCCGAAUCAACACUGCAACCAGAGCAAAGAUCUUCACGUCUAUGAUGUCACCACUCCCUCUUUCAGUCUGCUCUGGUUGUCACACGAUACGGGCGCUGUUGCUAUGUCGGCUCAGAUGUCACUGCUGGCACACUACCAGACCAGCUACCGCCCAACUUUCCGCAUGACCUCAGUUUCCGACCCCUACAUGAUCAGCUUGACUCAUGACAACCGUGGAGUACGCUUCACAGAGAGCGGUGUGGUAAAGUUCGUCCUCCAGCAGGCGCUUUACUCAAUGGGUCACACCUGCAUUCGAGAGGGUUUCUCCCUGAUCGCCUACACUAACCGCAACGGGACCGGCCAGGCGGCGAUGCAAGCCUUCAAGGCCGGCGUCAACUACAGGGACACCUCCAUCACUCUCUCUGGUGCUGUGAGCGUGGACAGCGGAGACACGCUCAGCUUCGAGAUCACGUCUCCAUCCCAGUGCAACAUCCGCUACUUUGGGGACAGCACCGGGAUCAGCAUGUUGAGCCUCAUCUGGAUUCCCUCAGCUGUGUCAUCAGCUCUGACCGCUACUGUGUCCAGGACUGGUCUUCCUUUUGGUGCAGUCAGGAAUAAACCGCUGUUGUUCCAGCAGAUCAGCCCAGACACAGAGCAGGUUCAUUUGGCCCGUACCGGUGAGCCAAACAGCCGGAAGAACUUUAUAUUCCAUGACAAAGGGACAGUGAAUGUAGCCCUCAACCUGAAGCUGAUCCACUCCUGUAAUAUAGUAAAACUCACUUUGCAGCGGGUGGAGGGUCCCGGUCGGGGCAGGCAGGCAGGACCUGUGGCUCAACAGGUUUCUGGAUACAUGCCUGAGGGGAGUGAGUGGGCCAGUAUAGGGCUGAGGGCCUCAUUUCAGGUCCAGAACGGCACAGCUGUCUAUGUUACUCUGGACUGUAUCCGUGGACGAGUUAACCAGAUAACACAUGAGGGAGGCACUAACAUUUCAAUCCUCUGGGUUGCAGUGUGAUCCCUUUGUCAUUCAUACAUUUUGUGAAAAAAAGAGACAGUUUUGCACAAUAUUGAAUUGCAGAGCAGAUUCAACAAUUUACCAAAUUGAAGAAGAAUGCUGGUUGAUGAAAAACAUGUUCAUCUGUAACACAUAUUCUGUCUUUGUAAGUGCUUCGAAUUUAUAUUUCAUCACUUGUUUAAACUUUUAUUGUUAAAUUACUUUCGGGUAUACUGUAAGUACUGCUUUUGCUCUGAGUACUUCGGCUGGUUGAGCAGCGACCAAUUCUUCAUGGAACGUGUGUGUGUGUGUGUGUGUUUGUGUGUGUCUGUAAGUAUGAGUGUGUGUACAUAAGUGUGCAGUGGUGCUUAUAGAUAUGUGUGUGCACACAAAUUGGCAUGCCUACUUCUGUGUACGAGUCAUUUAAAAAUGUAUAUCCUUUUAUCUCUGCACAUAUUUAACAAUGUAUGUAUCAAACUUGAUUUGUAUUAUAUCAAUAGGCCAUUAAAUGAUCUGAAGAGCUGCCACGAAAGCGCUAUACACUAAUGCAAUGUAGUAAACUUUCAGUAAGCAGGAGUUUUGAUAUUUGAUGAUGUUUUUGGUUGUAUUUAUUUGCCUUUUACAACACAGGACUUUUAUAUUUACACUAUAGAAAGCAUUUAUUUGUCAGACGUGAGUGAAAACAAGAAAAAACAAGAAAAAAGUAUAUGGUAAAGCACUGAGUAGGCAGUGUUGAUAUUCAGAUACAUGCAGCGAUAGCCUUUAUCAUACGUUUUUGCACAAGUGUAGUGUUUAACAUAGUAUUAUGGAAUGUGCAAACAUCAUACUUUGUUAUUCUUCUGCCUAAAUGCUGUUUCCCUGUGAAGAGUUGACCAUGCAUAUCGUUCCUAAUUGCCUCUGUGUGUGUUCUGUCCUCUAAAUUAGGCAUAAUUAAGUGUUUCAGAGAGUUGGCAGUGAAGCCGCCACUGAAAUUCUUCAGCUUUAUUCUCACUUUAUUAUGUUUAGUGAUUUUGUGUGUGUGUGUGUGUUUACGUGUGUGUUUGUGUGUGUGUGUGUGUGUGGUUGGGCUCCCCUGUACAUGUCUUGUGGAACGUCAAUGCAUGUAUUCUUGUUCAA